GCAACCGAUAAAGAAAAAAGUUGGUGGUUUGAAGGAACUCAUCCGACUAUUAACGGUGAAAGACUUCCUUUGGUUCUUGCAAGAGAUAUACCAUUCAAGAAGUUUGCCAAGAAAUCUGAAAUUGCCAAGGCGGGAAGAUUUUGGGACUAUGAUAAGGGCAUUGUGAUGAUUAUUGAGUUGCCAUUUGGUGACCAUGAAGUUGCAAUAGGUGAAUUCAAUCGCCAAAUUUUUGAUCAACUUAGAAAUACAGCACCUCAGGAUAUCAUUAGGGUUGGGGAGCAAAAAGGGAACCCAUGGCUGACUAUUAUCCUCGAGGUUGCUUCCUUUGAAACGCUUGAACAUGUAAAGGACAAGAUCAACAACUUUUGGCUAGUCCCAAACCGUUGCGAGGAUGUGAUUGUUUUUAAAUUGGGCAAUUGGAGCAAUAAGCACCGUGAUCAGAAUGGACAACCAUUGCGUCGUUUAUGUGCUCCUCCUCUCCCUCCUCUUCAGGUUCUUUCUCAAACUUCUGCGCCGGGAGUUGCCAUCGAUUUAUAUGAGAUACAACAGGCAAUUUUUGAUGCUAUGGGUAAAAAUUAA